AAUAAAAAUACAAAAUAUAGUUACCUCCGUAACCAUAGCGACGGGUAUUAUUUGUGGGUAUUAUUUGUAUCGAUUCCUUCGAUUCAUAUGCCUGAAAUUUCAGGCAAUAACACCCUGACAUUGCCAGGCGGGCAAUAACUAUCAUAACUAUCAACGACAAUCAAGGACUAUCCACGAUAAUCCCAAUAAGUCCGUCUGAAUCACUGGUCUGAAAAUUCGAAAAUUAUAUUCCAUUGAAAUUGGAAAUAAAGUACUUCCUGUCUUCGAAAAUUACUGGAAACUGUUAUUUCACGGUGUAAAAAAAGUCGCAGUUUUAAUUAUGCCUGGUCCAGUUACAAUACCACUCAAGAUCUUUAUUUUACUGCAUUUUAUGUUUACCUCAUGGGCACUUGCUGUUGAUUGGUUACCAUUAGGGUACUUGUUUUGUCAUUUGAUGAUGUUAAUAUUUGGUAUUUGGGUUGUCAUCCAACCAUCUAGUCAUGAUGCUAACCAAGUGUUCCUUAUAUCAGUCCUGUUUGCUCUGUUGAAUGAUUGUGUUUUGAUUGGAAUCUAUUAUCCAGCAUCAUGGACUUCAGAGAGACGAUUUGCUGUAACGUUUGCUUUUUUCAACCUAUUUUUGAAGCCUAUUACGAUGAUUUUUAUUACACUCGGAUAUCAAGAACAUGGAGGUUCAUUUGAUUAUAGCAGAGUUUCAGGGGCAUUUAGCUCGCCGCAAGGUGAACAGGAAUAUCAAGGCAUACCAGAACCUAAGCCUAGUCAAACAGAGCCAUCUUAUUAAAUGCCAAAAUAAACUAUUCUUGGAAAUUUGUGCCACCAAGAAUUUGAAAUGUGAAGAAGAGUAAUUAAGAUGAAUGAAUAACAUCCACAAUAGAAUGUUUUUGGAAAGAUUUAAACACAAAUAAACAACUGAAAUCAACGAGAUUAAUUGACUGCAUGAAAUAUAAAAGAGAGCUUAAGAUGAGAUGUAUUUAAGUCCAUUAUUGACACAGAUUUCGAACAUUUAUAACUUUAGAGUUUUAUAGACUGAAAUAAAAUGAUUAAUUUCAUAUGCACUUAUGGUUAUCCAAGGCCUUGACCUUUGAUAACACCAGGAAGCAGUUUAUGUGAGAGAUAUCUGGCACGUCUCUUGGAAAUAGAUUUAUUUACAACCAUA